ACUGUGUGAGAUCGUAAAGUCUAGGGGCAAGCUUUUUAAACCUAUCUUAUUAUAGCGCUGCCAAACCUUGAUCUCCGUAGCUUGUUGCCAGCCAUGAAGCUUUCCGUCAAGCCUUUCCAACAAACGAAAGGGAUCGCGCACCGCAAGCGCUGCAUGCACGUGGUGUGCAAGGCUCAACAAACUGCCAGCAGGCCGCCCCACCCUCUGAUCAUGGACGCGGUGGAGGCGCUGUUCCGCUUCCCGCCGUUCUUCAAUGCCGCCGCCAAGAAUGCCCGCAACAUGAUCAUCAAGCGUGCUUAUGCCAUGGGUAUCGACUGGAAUGGCACCAUUCAGGAGAUGAAGGCGCAGGACUGGGAGGCACGGCUGCAGGCGGUGCAGAACCCCUCCGUCACCUACCCCUCCUACUACACACAGCCCUUCCACGCGUACAGCCAGGGCAACCUGUGCUGGGACGCGGCCCUCGAGCUGACUCUCGCCGCCCAGUCGGUGCACGCCAUCGUGAUGGACCCCAGGGGCAAGGAGCUUGACCCGCAGGGCGACGCCAAGCUGCGCAGCGGCUACUCCGCUCGGCUGAAGGAGUGUCUGGCUGAGCUGGGGGUGGCGGAGGAGGGCAUCCGCAGCAUACUGGACCUGGGCUGCGCAACGGGCCUCUCCUCGCGCGAGCUCAUGCGCGUCUUCCCCGGCGCCGCAGUGACGGGGCUGGACCUGUCGCCGCACUUCAUCGCGGUGGGGCGCUACGAGGCGGACCAGCGAGCGGCUGCCAAUGGCGGUAUGGCCGAGCCUCUCACGCUGCUGCACGGCCUCGCGGAGUCCACAGGUCUCCCCUCGGACAGCCAGGACCUGGUGUCGCUCUGCCUGGUGUGCCACGAGUUGCCGCACAACCCCACCAGGGACAUCAUGCGGGAGGCGUUUCGGGUGCUGCGCCCCGGCGGCGUGCUGGCUGUGAUGGACAUGAACCCCGCCUCGCCCAUCUUUCAGCGCAUCUUCAACAACCCCAUCGUCUUCACCGCCUUCAAGUCCACCGAACCCUGGCUGGCGGACUACAUCUCGCUGGAUAUGCCAGCAACCAUGCAGGAGGUUGGCUUCAGCCGGGUGCUCAUGCGGGAGAGCACCCCGCGGCACAGGACGCUAGUGGCGCUGAAGAAGUGAGGUUCACCCACCCUCCAAAGUGAGGCGCUUUAGCAGUGGAUAGGUUCCGAAGAAGUGGAGUGACGCUGAGAGUUGGAAAUGGGGAGCUAUUUUUAGCUAGGUGGGGCGAUGCGAGGAGAUAGAGGAGAAGGCAAGAGGAGGGGUACCAUCAUCCAGAAUGUUAUGAUAUAAUGUUACAUGGUGUGGACCUUAUCAGGGCCUAUCACAGACCAUGUAAGGCCUAAGACGAAACGGAAACCAUUAGACCUGCUACCGAGUCCACUGCUAGAAAGAGGAAACACAAAAUAGGGAACGGAACGGGGGGUAGGUUUGCAGCAAAAAGACCCCACAUCAAUUUUGAUAAGAGCAUUCCAAAUCCAUUUCCGGACUUGUAAUUGGACUUGACAGAAAACGUUAUGGGCUUCCAAAGUUGGUCGUACGGCAUCGGUGGUUAGAUGGGCCCGGGGCCUCAACAACGUUUUCUUUGACCUUCAAAACGUUUGUUCCUAAGCCUCUUUCCUCCGAACACGAAGCGGAAUUAGACUAUGACACUACUCAUACUGCGGUCUAUGGCAGGGGCAGUCGAGGGGCAAGAGGCAAAGCAAGCAGGGGCAGAGUCCAAGGCGGAAGGGGCCCAAGAGAGUUAGCCAAACGAAGUGAGAACGCAAGUUAGGGCAAGGCGGAAAUGGGAGGGCACGUGGCGGGCGUGCUGACGACACACCCGCUUCUUAGGGAGGAGGCACGAAACCCCCACGCCGGGGCAGGGGGUAGCGUGCGUGGUUCUGCAUUAGGUGCUGAGGGCGGUGGGUUGCAAACCCAAUCUGCUACCUGGGGCAGGGGGCAGAAAAGGGGCGUACAGUUUGCGGGGACUAGCUUAUUUGUACCUGAUGUUACCUAAUGUGAGAAUAAAGUAUAAAAGGCUUUGUAGCCUUUGACUUGAAUAUACCAGACCGAAGCGAUCUCAUGGCCUGCCCAAGUGGACGUGUGGGGUGGUGGGUGAUAGUUGUGUGGCUGGUUGCAUGAGGGCCUAUGUAUGUGGAUCUAUGUAUCUCAAGUGUUCACUAAGGCUUAUCCAACGUUUGUGCGCUUAAAUGAAGGCCGGAGCUAUAGAACCUUUGUCAAUGCCCCACAACUAGCAAAUAUUGGCAAACAACCAAUAACCCACCAAUGUCACCAUCCUCCACACCGCUAUUGUUGCUGACGUUUCCAUUAUCCUCUGAUGAACAUAGAAGACGCUGAGUUUUCGCCAACUGCCGAAGUCGGUAGUGCACUUGAUUGUACGUGGCAGCACUUCCAUUCAAUUCCUUUACGACAGCGCCCGCUGUUACUUUUCUGUUGGUGGAUUGUAGCGUGAGCACUGCUUCCUGAAACGCUGCUUCCUCGUUCGGAGUCCACUUUGAACGCUUCUUCGAAGGCUGAGUGGUAGCGUUGGGCCUAGGCCGGAUAUACUUUUGCCCGGCUUUGUUGUAUUGCAAAAAGCAGAGAACACGUUUAUACGUCAAGCCCUUCAAGCGCGUGUCGGAGCACACUUCAUCAUACAAUAGCUUGGCAGUAAGUUUCAGUCCGCUAGAAGCAAUAGUCUCGGCUGCUUUACACAGAGCCUCAACUUCAUAUGUUUUCAUGCAUUCCCUGGCCAUUGUGUGUAUUGAGUAAUAAAGGCAAUACCGAAGCCAUUGGUGUCGGCCCUAUUAAACUACGCUGCUGGCCUUACCGCGACAACAACCUAACGGAUACCAACGUGUAGCAAGCUAUCAACAUGCGCUUAAGGGGUACAGCGCCCCUACCCCCUAAGGGAGUCUGAGGUCGUACAGGGCUCCCUGGCAGCGUGCUGCGCUUCCAUUCUCUAUCUUUUAACUCAAAACACGUUCUUGGUAUCACCCUUUUACUCUGGGAAUUCCAAUAUCCCUUUAAAUGUAAGCGUCAGGGACUUUCUGUGCAUUGCAGCGUCAACCUACAGAAAAUGUAGCAAGCUUGAUUUGUUGACCUACUUUAGUUCUAAUUCGAUAACGCUAGUUAUGGCUUGUGCCACAGGCGCUAAAGUCUUGAUGGUUGUGCGAAAAAGAAGGGCGAUGGCAGCAGUGGAUGCGACGGCUCUUCGGCAGCAGCAGCCACAGGACCUGAGUCGCCCAAGCUGCUGCAUCAGAGCGGGCUUCACCUCCUGCAGCAGCAGCGCUGCGCUGGGUAACCCAAGCUGCCCACGCAGACAUAGCAUUAACAACUGCCUUUACAUCGUCAGCUGAUAGGUUGCUAGCCCCCAAUAGUGCUGCGUGGAUGGUCACGAGCGGCGUCGAAACGAUACCAGCUAAAGCCAGCACCUCACUGCUAUGGGGAGGCAUCGGCGGUGGUGCAGCAGGAGACGCAGCUGGCAUACGCAAAGCCGCCGGCCCUCUGUAGCGGUCUUUGGACUGGACAAGAGACCGCAAGGCUUCAGCCUCCCUCCGUCCAGCAGCAAGCGUGGCUGACAUACGUUCCGUGGGUGGCCUCCGGCCUGCUGUGAAUGCUCUGCGGAUGGUAGCCUUGAGCGAAUCAACUGAUAGGCGAGAGGCAACCUCUCGAACCACCUCCUCCACAGGCCUGCUUUCAGCUGCUGUUUGGCUAGAGCCCUGUCUCUAUUGGCUCCAUACCCUCGCCUUGCAAGCUGUUGGACGUUGGGGUUGAGGUACCAUGCCACUGCUUGUAUACGUCUGCCGCAACAGAGCGCACGCAGGCGUUAUGUGCCACAAACAUAUGGCAAGUGCUGCUGAACACUCCAGCACGGAUGGAGACAACAGCGCGUACUGGGCACGGAUUAAGUUUACGUUUCUGAGUUUCAGGCACCAACUGCAUGGCUGCUGACAAAACAUCCUCGCAUGAAGUGAAG